AUGGCUCACAAUUUCUCUUUGAAAGCUUCAACUUUGCUUGAUACUAAAAAAGGUUGUGCAUCAUUCCUGGGAGAAAUUGUACCUGCCAAUCGCUCAUCUCUGUCAUCUGACAAUGGCAAGACUGUACAUUGUAAUAGUUCAAGCGAUAUAUGUGGCAAGGUUUUGCUUGGAAAGAAGACUCUUGCAUCAGCAGAAUCUGAGAGGGUUGAUUUGGCUGAUAGUUGUCAACUUGGUGGAAAAUCAAAGGAUACACCAAUAGCACCUUGUUCUUCGAAGAAGCGGAAAUAUAUACCAGGAGAAUAUGACUUAAAGCAAUAUUUUGGAAACUCUAAUGAGCAUUCAGCAUCUGCUAGUCAAAACACACAUCGGGGUGUAGAUGGCGUGACCUCCGACAGUCUUGAGUUGACUAGACAAAGACACAAUCUUCCUGCUGAUUCUGUGCCUUCCGUUGGUGAUGAAACCCAAGGAUCAGCAUUCCUUGCUCAGGUUCGAGAUAAGCUUAGUGCUACCGAAUAUAUAGACUUUGUGGGUUAUAUGAAGGCACUCAAGACCAAAGCAAUGAAAAUUAGUGAAGUUUUACAGUGUAUUUCUAGAUUGUUCUCUGGACCUGAUAGACUACCUCUCCUUAAAAGGGUGCACAUUUUUGUUAAUAAAACACAAAAUCCUUAUGGUACAACUGCAUGUGAAGCCCGGGGGGAGAAUUCAACUCCGAAAAAACUGUUCAAAAAUCAAACACAUGGUCUUCUUGAACCUCGUCCCAUGAAAUAUUUUUGUCAUGCUUUUCGAACAAGAGUUUUUCUUAACUCUUGA